AUGUUUCGCUUUAUUAUGUUGUAUCUUUUGUUGCAUCGAUUGUUCUUGCUUAUUGACCAGACGAUAUUAUUCUUACCACCUUUGUAUUGCUACCUACAGGCGGCGGUUUUUCUAUUCGGCUUCGCGUUUAUUCAAGAGGCGUUCGUGCGAGCGUUCUUCGACACGGAUACGAAAACGUGGGAAAGAUUCGCGAAGAGAACGCGUCUUGUUGGGGCGAUAGCGGCGAUAGGUUUAGCCGGAGUAGCGAGCGUACAGAAGAACGAGAAUGUAUACAUACACGGGUUCUGCGCGUUUCAAUUCUUGUGCGGAGCUUUGUUGUGGGUGUGCAUGUUGACGUAUCAGAUGUAUAAGAAUUUCGAGCCGGCGUCGGAGUGUACUCCGGAAGAAGAAGGAGAGGAAGCAUCGGGCGGCGUGCAUUUUUUGCAAUCGAAAGCGUACAGGAAGAAACACUUGUGGGUGAAAAGCAUAGCGUGCGCUAUAGGCGCAUUUUCUAUGUUUAUGUUUGUGGUGGUUCGCAUGCCUCCGAAGGGCGGUUUCGACCGCAAUUAUAGGAUACUGGCUUCCUUCGAAUGGAUCGCGGUGGUUUCGAUAUUGACGGCGGUGUGGAGCGUCGGGCAAGAUUACGGCGCUGGAAUGCGAAUAUCGGUGACGUGGAAGAUAAAUGCGAAAACACGGAAAGAGAUGAAAGCGUUAGCGGGGACUAAUAAUACUAAUAAUAGUAGUAAAAGUAUUGAUGAUGAUGAUAGUCGGAGUCGCUCGAGCGCAGCCGUCUAA